UCUCAGAACAGUAUCAACUCAUCUGCUUCCAGCUCCAACAGCUCUGGCCUCAAGAUCCGCCUCCGCUGCAUCCAGUCUGCGCUGCGAGGCUCACCCACCCCACCUCCCAGCCCUUCACCACAGCCAAGUGCUUCUUCGCGCAAGCGUACAUCUGUCGAAGCAUCUCUCGACGACCACCAAGAUAUCGAUGACACUGACUCUGAGAUCGAAAUCCUACCUCCCUCAAGGAGAUCUCUCAAGACCACCACCAAGAAGCUCAUGCCCACCUCACACCGGGCCAAGAAGCUUAGACCUACCCACGAAGACACUGACAGCGACGCCGACGACGAGGACGACGUCAUGUUCGACGCUGCCGCCAUCAGCUCCUCCACCACUGCUGGCGCUUCCACCACUGCUGGCCCUUCCACCUCGGCUGCCGUUGCCUCCUCAUCCACCCUCGCACCCCCGUUCGUCCUCUCGACCAACGUGAUGAAGCGCUCCGAGCGCAUUCUCGACCCCAAGAACCCCGAUCACGCGCGCCUCAUCGCCGCCGCCACCAAAGCCGGCCCCGAGUACUACGACAGCGACGCCGACGACCUGCCAGGCAAGGUCAAGGAGACGUCGAAGCCAGAGCUCUUCCGCAACGUGAAGUGGGGCGCGCUGGCCACGGACUACUCCGACCCGGCCGCGUUCCCCACGGAGCCAGAGUUCACGCAGUUCGUCCCGGGCCGCUACGAGCUGCUCCCCACCGGCGUUGCCGCCGACCAGAAAGCCAAGCUCCUGCUGCGGCUGACCGACGCCACGGGCCGCGCCCGGAUCUUCACGAACCCGCCGCCGCGCUCGUGGACGUGCCAGGCGGCGCUCACGGCGCUGAACAAGCGCACCGUGCAGCAGAUCCGCCGCAACACAGCGGUGCGGUUCCGUGACGUCGUGCAGCCGUAUGUGCGCGAGGAGCGCGAGUGGAUCCUGGCGCAUCUGGAGGGCGGCAGGCCGGUGGGCGGGUGGAAGGUGUUUGUGGCGGGCUUCAAUGCCGCCUUCGAGGGGAAGGUGUUGGCGGGUGGUGGGGGGGUGAGGCAGGGGAGGAGCCACUCGAGCUUGACGAAGGAGGUGGAGCGGUUCGGGGGGGUGUAUGCGGGAGGGGAGGUGCCGGGAGGGAAGGGGAAGGGGAAGGAGAAGAGGGUGUAG